GUCGGACAACAGCUCCGUCGUGUCUUGUACGGAAUGGCUUUACGAAAGCUCCAGCCAUUUUGGAACCAUCGUAGAAGAGCCUCAGAGCAGCUACUUUUCAUCAUGUAAACUAACACGUACGGAUAGAAACGACGAGAGAUCUGGAACUUGGUAUGCGAUCGAGCGUGGUUCGUUCCAGCCACCACUGUCGUCUACCUGCUUGGUUCCAUUGUGGGCUUCAUUAUUUCUGGCAUUCUAUCGGACAGGUAGGUACACCAAUAACCUGUCGUUACCGACACACUUUAUGAAAAUUGGCCCGACAAUUCUGCCAGUGGACAUUCCCAGAAGGACGGUCUGCAGCCUUUCCGGGUUCGCUGCUCUUGUCAACUCGUGCAGGGAAUAUUUGGCCAUAGACGUGCAUUGGACAUUAUCACCUGGAACAGACCUUUUCUGGUAGAACACAAUAUCUAUCUUCGGAAUAGAUUUUUGAUUUCUCUCUCUCAUUUCACUCCGAUAGCACGCGAUUUCUCCUUGAAUUAUAAAAAAUGACAUUUAAUUAUUACGUUGUCAGUUUGUGGAAGCUAUUUAACCAGGGAAAGUCCGACGGGGGACCUUGAUAUAACGUGGGGUACGCAGGGAUCCUGUAUGCGUUUGCCCGAUAAGCCCUUUCCAUGUAACUCCCCACUCAUCAUUUAAAUGAAGUUGUUAAAUUUAAAGCGUUGAGGAGCGUCGGUGCCGUAACCGGCAGAGCGAACGAGGAACGAAGCGAAAGAUGAAUGUAAGGGAGAGCUUGAGGAGGAAACCAGUGGGAAACCGUUCGGGCACAGUGAAGGUAAGUCGAGUCAGUGAAGCGAGGGUGUGAGGAGGAGGGCACGUUUGGGAAGGCGGAACGCAUGUGGUUGCAAUUUGGUGAGCCAGGCUCCAAAUUUGCGACUGGAACCGUGCGGCCGCAAAAUCGCGGAGUUAACGAACUGGGAUAUGAGUGCUACCCGAAGAAAGUACUAUGUGUCCAGAGCUCAAGCUCAACAGUUGCACUCAAAUUUCGCAAUACCGCCUAUUAUAAUCGUCCAGUGCAUAUUUUCUCACGUUUUCAGUAUCGGCCGGAAGCCUGUGGCCAUGGUCAGUUGCAUAGCGGUCAUUGUGUUUUGCAUCUCCAUCGGCAACGCUACCAACAUCGCGUUCUAUAUUGUGCUUCGCUUCUUCGUGGCAAGUGCAGUGAGUGCCCUCGCACUCCCUCUCUACGUGCUACUUAUCGAAGUGGUGGCAGUGUCGAACCGAGGGUUGUACGCCAUCGUCAUGGCGGGUGGUUACGGUGCGGGUACAGCCUCUGUCCGAGUAGCCCAGAGUUUGAACCUUGGCUGGCGCCUCUUCCAACUGAUGCUCAUGGUGCCUACAACGACGCUCGUCUUAGGAUUUCCAUGGAUCCAAGAAUCUCCACGGUGGCUCAUCUCCCGCUGGAAUCUGAGCAAAGCCGAAAAAGUGGUUCUCACUAUUGGCAGGAUUAACGGAACUAAGCCCGAACAUACUAUGGAGCUCUGGCGGAGCAUUCGCCUUGACCUUGAAAAGGAAGAAGAGAAGUACUCCGAAAUGUUGAGAGUGGAACUACUGAGCGUUCUCCUUGCUCCAAGUUUAAGAUGCGCAAACGUAAUUCUUUUCUACUCUUGGUUCACCGUUUCACUUACGUACUACGGCAUCCACGUCUACGUCGUGAGGAAUCCCAGCACGACGAUGCUGGUGACUCUCCUCACCUUCCUGCCUAUUGCCACGUUGACGUACUGGGGAAUGGAAUACCUGGGACGGACACGGACCCUGACCUGUGCCAUGUUUCUAACUGCGUUCUCCUGUUCGCUGGACGUAUUCUUUCGAGGCGAUGAAGGAAGCGCCGUUCCAACUGUUCUGACUGACGCCCUGGAACUGUUGGGGAUCGGCGUUGCACAGAGUGUGGUGGUGCUCGUUAUCGCCGAAGUGAACCCCACAGCUGUGAGAACCAUCGCUGUCUGUUGCGGUUUUGUCUGCAGCAGGAGCGGAAUGAUCUGCGCUACUCUCGCGCAACAUCUGUGGACACUGCCUAGUGUCGGACCACCAGUCCUGUACGGUGUCUGCUGUCUGGUCGCUGGCAUCCUCGUCACCUGCGUGCCGGAAACGAAGGCAGCCAGGUUACCGGAGGCUGUCAAAAAAUUCAAUAUGUUCGAGAUAGCCCCUCUUCCGCUUGGAAGAAAAUCGCACAGAAGAAUUAGAGCAGAAGAAAGCAGCUCUCGUCACAGCCCCGUUCAUAUGGGUCGCAACAGUCUCAAGCCCGUGCUCAGCAGGUUGGGGGAAAUAUAUGGAUCCGAGACGACCACCCUCUCGAGCUAUGGCAUCAGCGAUGUUGUGCUCGACAUCAGAGACAUCAUACAGAAGUCGUCGGACACUAACCGUUCCGCAAUAUAACAAUUAUCAUGGAUGACAUA